CAUUCCUGAGUCUCCUCCUCUUUGUCCUGGUAUUUAAAGGACGAAAUUCCCUUUUAUGAGAACAGACAGACUUCUGCAGAUAUUGUUUUUCCACAUUCAUUGCUCCUGUAAUUCUGCUAAGAUGAUCAAGGUUAUAUUGGCUGUGUGGACCAUCUUGAUGACAAAGGAAUGCAGGUGUGCAAACAUAUGUUGGACUCAGUGGUUUGACCGGGAUGAUCCCAGUGGAGUAGGAGACUUUGAAACUCUUCAGAAUCUUCGCCAAGAAAACCCAGGAAAGAUCUGCGAUGCCCCAAUUGCGAUUCAAGCCACUACUCUGUCCGGGACCCCUGCCUCUCAGACAGGGCAAACUUUCCACAACUAUGAUACUACUGUUGGCUUUGCUUGUGUGAACAGUGAAAACAAGCAAAUGUGUCUGGAUUACCAAGUUCGCUUUCAAUGUCCUCCAUCGUUUUGUUCAGUAUGUUGGACUCAGUGGUUUGACCGGGAUGAUCCCAGUGGAGUAGGAGACUUUGAAACUCUUCAGAAUCUUCGCCAAGAAAACCCAGGAAAGAUCUGCGAUGUCCCAAUUGCGAUUCAAGCCACUACUCUGUCCGGGACCCCUGCCUCUCAGACAGGGCAAACUUUCCACAACUAUGAUACUACUGUUGGCUUUGCUUGUGUGAACAGUGAAAACAAGCAAAUGUGUCUGGAUUACCAAGUUCGCUUUCAAUGUCCUCCAUCGUUUUGUUCAGUAUGUUGGACUCAGUGGUUUGACCGGGAUGAUCCCAGUGGAGUAGGAGACUUUGAAACUCUUCAGAAUCUUCGCCAAGAAAACCCAGGAAAGAUCUGCGAUGCCCCAAUUGCGAUUCAAGCCACUACUCUGUCCGGGACCCCUGCCUCUCAGACAGGGCAAACCUUCCACAACUAUGAUACUACUGUUGGCUUUGCUUGUGUGAACAGUGAAAACAAGCAAAUGUGUCUGGAUUACCAAGUUCGCUUUCAAUGUCCUCCUUCAUUUUGUCCAGCAUAAAAUCAGGUUAAGUCCAACUGUAGACCAGCGGAUGGAGAUUUGAAGGAUUGAGGGCAACGUCUCUGUUGUGUUUUCAUUUUUAUUCUGUUUCAUCUUUAAUGCCUUAUUGUUUCAGAAAAUUUCAUGUAAUGCUUUGGAAAUGAUUCAGUGUGAAACAUAGAAAAAACUUAAUUCUAAAUCUAGGGUUUGUGGGCUUAAAUGUUCAGACAUUUUCAAACUAUUUUUGAUGCUUAUUGUUACAGAUGUCAGACUGUAAGGACUGACCUCAUAUACCAGUUUCUUCAAAUCAAGGAAUUUCAUUUAUAUUUAGCGUAUACUUCAUAAUGUGAUCCAAAUAAAAACAGUCAUGAAUUA